AUGUCUCCGCCCAUUACUUCACAAAGGUGUCCGCGUCGUCAACAACGUCAUCAGCAAGAGUGCAAUAAAAUUAGUAUCACCCUUCUGUCCUCGUUGCUGCCGUCGGGCUCACUUCCGAUUGCCAAGCCGGUGGUGUCGUCUUCGUCGGAAAUCGACGAAAGACCGGCUGCGGCACUCAGCAUCCUCUCGUCGGUCGCCGACGUUAUCUGCGAUUUCAAGGAGGAAUUUAGAUUAGAAGAAAUCGUGAAUCUGAAGAACACCAACUGCGACACUGAAGAAUUGCGUCUGAGGCACACGGAGGACGACGAAGAGCUUCUGAAGCUCAUUUUCUUGGAUGGCUAUGGAAUGCCUCUUCCGCUCAUUCGGCACGCCUAG